AUGUAUCCCCUUAAGGUUCCUGGCCCCAAUGGGUUCCCCUCUAUUUUCUUCCAAAAGUGUUGGAAUAUUGUUGGGCCCGAUGUCAGUUCUCUUGUGUUGGAGGUUUUGGAAAGCAAUAAAGAUUCCAAUAUGAUUAAUAAUACCCACAUUGCCUUUAUUCCCAAAUGUAAAAAUCCCUCAAUUGAGAAAGAUUUUUGUCCCAUGAGCCUUUGUAAUAUGGUGAUGAAGGUGAUUGCAAAAACGAUAGCUAACAGAAUCAAACACAUUCUGCCUGACAUCGUUGAUGAAGAGAAAAGUGUGUUUGUGAAAGGGAAACUCAUUAUGGGUAAUGUUUUAGCGGCCAUGAAGUGCUUCCAUUGGAUGAAAAAUAAGACCAAGGGUAAAAGAGGUGUUAUGGCCCUAAAGUUCUGGUCAAUGGACAGCCUAGUUGUGAGGAAGGCCCCUACUAUUACACACUUAUUCUUCGUUGAUGAUAGCCUUCUCUUCACAAGAGCAAAUAAGUAUGAAGUUGAUUGUGUCAUGGAUAUCCUUCAGAAGUACCGAGUUUCGUCUGUCCAAGUGGUGACCCUUGAUAAAAAGAGAGUCUUCAAGAGCAAGUACUACACAAGAAGCACUAUAGAGGAAAGUUCAUCUGGUUUUGCUCCUAGUUAUACGUGGAUGAGUAUUCGUGCUCGGGAGUUAAUUCAGAAAGGUGCGUAUUGGAGAAUAGGAAACGGGAAAAAAUUUCAGAUCUUCAAAGAUAUGAGGCUUUCGGAGAAUUCUGGGUUCAAGAUCCUUUGUGCAUGGAAGCGAGGCAAAUUGUUAGCAUUCCUCUUUCGCUUAGAUGAACCGAAGAUCCUUUGA